AUGGAUAUUAGGCCAUUUGUAAUUGAAACUAACAAAAAUUAUCUUAGUUUAGAUACAUCGUUAGAUAAAAUUCAAUAUGAUAAUCAUCAAAUUAUUUCAUCGGUCUUUCGUGAAAUAAAUAAUGAAAUACGUCAUUCGAGAAUUAACGGUACAGCUGUUUGUUCUAUCGGACUAGUUCUUGCUCUAUGUUCCGUAUAUAUAUUUACUCGUCGUCAUAUGCGAAGUACCGUAUCGACAUAUUUAGCCUGUUUAAGUAUUAGUGAUAGUUUUUUAUUAUUAUUGUGUCUUGUUCUUGCCAUCAAUGCUUCAAUUCAUCCGAAUCAACAAAAUGAAUUAUUCUAUUCGUCACGUCUCCAUAAACGUCUCUUUCCGUAUGUUUAUCCUUGUAUCAUUUGGUUUCAAUUUACUAGUGUUUGGAUAACUGUCGCAUUCGCUAUUGAUCGAUGGUUUGCUAUUAAAUGGCCUAUGCUACAUUAUACAUAUAGUUCGAAACGAGCCUGUUAUAUUGUUGGUGCAAUUUAUUGUUUCGGCUUAAUAUAUUCAUUACCAAGAUUUUUCGAAUAUCAAACUAAAGUUCAACAUGAAAAAUUUAUAGGCGUUGAGAAUUUUACUGAAAGCGUCGAUUUCUUAUUUAUCGAAAAUAAAGUACUCCAUAACCCUCUCUAUCAUUAUAUUGUUCAUCUUAUUCUCUAUAGUAUUUUUCAAAGUAUAUUGCCAUUCUUAAUGUUAUCCUAUUUCAAUGUUGAACUCAUUCGAAGUAUUAAUGCAAGCUCAAAUUUUCUUAAACAUUUUACAUCAUUACAUGUACAAAAUUCACGUAUAGAACGUGAAACAAAUGUAUCUCGCCAUCGUGAAGGUGCAAUAACACGCUCAGUUAUAUGUUUAAUCGCUUUGUUUACAUUUUGUCAAGUUCCUGCAUCGAUUCUUCAUUAUCUCUAUGUGUUCUAUCGAAAUCAUCCAAUAUUAUACGUUUCCUAUGAUAUAUCAAACUUUUUGAUUCUUUUUAAUAGUGCAGUGAACUUUUUUAUUUUUACGUAUUUCAAUCGACGAUUUCGACGUGAAUUAACUCGUAUUUGUUUUCAUAUAAAAAAGAGUCGAGGUUCACUUUUACGUACACCCAGUCGGCUGUCAAUGCGACGAACAAAUUCAUCGAUUCGAAAUGUACAACAAAACUCGCAAUUAGCAUAUAUAACACCAGUAAAUUUAUGGGAAUCUCAAACACGAAAUAAUCAUCUCCUACAGCAACUAUGUGGUGGAAGACGUCGUGAAAGUGUAAAUGAACUAAGAAAAAAAUCUUCCGAUAUAUCGAUACUAUCUCAAUAUCAACUUCAACCAAUGAAUACUUAUUCAGAAUCAUUAAUUAAUUUACGUUUGAAUAGUAAUCGAAUACAACGUAACAAAAGUUUUCCUUCAAAAAAGCAUGCUCAUAGAAAACAAAAAAAAAUUUCCUAUCGAACCGACCAAGUAAAUUUCUCAAUUACGUCAAAAUGUAGUCGCCGUUAUAGUGAUCGUCUAUCGCUUAAUAAUAAAAGAAAUUCUUUAAUAAUCUAUAACAAUCCACAGAAUUAUCGUGCACGGCAAUUACAUUAUGUUACAUAUAGGCAUGAUCAAAAUCGAUCGAAUUCUAUGUUCGCACACAAUCCACUGAAAACUUGUACGGCAACAACGAUGUUAAAAUGA